GAAGUACGCUGAAUGACAAAUUAUUGGCACGCGACAUACGCUAAAGCCUACAAAACGGUGGUUGGAACUCAGAAGUAACGGACUGUUUGCUUCCUCAUCGUUGACUCUCUGAUUGCUCUCUUGCCUGCAGCUCGGCAAACAAUCUCUCUGCUUCAAAGGAUUAUUGAACUUACCCUUUUGUGUUUCGGUUCAAGUAUGGCGCUGGUGGAUAAAUCAGGUGGCUUUUGGCCUAGCAAACUAGAAAUGUGGAGACAAAAAAGGAGGAUGUUGCGGCAGAUUGAAGUGGCUAAUGACCAGCUAUCAGACGAUAUAAAUCAAGUUGAUGAUGCGAUAGACAAAGCACUUGAGCGGAACAAAAUUUCAACUGCACUCUUCAUUGGCGUACAAGAAGCAAAAGAAUUUCAAACACACGCUCGUGAUGCCCUGGGGAAAAAGAAAAAGAUUGGGAGUCGUCACCUCAACUAUAUUGAACUGCUUGAGAAACUGCUCGUUUUGUACUCCCAAAUUCAACAAUUGAAGGAGUUUGAUAGGAAAGAUGAACAACACUUUUACGCGCAGGGACAGUAUGUGAAACGAACUGAAUUCAGUUGGCCAACUCGCAAGGAUACAAGAAAGUCAUCAAAGGUGCAGAGGAUGAAAUCCGGGAAAAAGCUCGAAGACAGUGCUAAAGGAUGGCAAGAAUUCUCACACGAGACGUUGAUCCAGAGCCAAAAAACUAAAAAAUUGGAGGAGAUUUACCCGAAAGAUGAUGUAAACAAAAUUGGACAAUCGUCAGUUCGAGAUUCUUCCAUGGAGCUGAUACCACGGCCACAAGAAUCGAAAGAAAAAGACAUUUCCUUGGAAUCUAAAGACCAACAGCACGUAGGAGAAAAUGUAGUCAAGUCCGAUUCAGCUAAAAGUUCAACGUUGCAAGAUGAGAUGGAGCAUCAGGAUGAAACAGAAAUGUUGCCCCCUCCUACUGAUUUAUCUGCUGCACCAAGUGAAGAGAAAUUUGGGCAGAAAAAAUUGCAAGUAUAUGAAGCAAAAGGUGAUCAUGAAGCAGGCUCAAUGAAAUUGUCACCUAGCAUUCAAGAAGAGCAUGGGGCUGCUCAAUUUCCUGGAUUGUCUAAGCCCGUGUUACAGCUUGAGGAUGAAGUCGUGUCUGCUGCUUAUCCUUCUACACAGAUGGAGCCUAAAGCCACCACUCCGGAGGUAGAAAGGAUUUUACAAUUGGAGCAAGUGGACAGUGGAUCUGGUUCUUCUCAAUCAAACGAUACUCCAGGAACUGCUUUCAACAUACGAGGUGACAUUUCUUCUGGAGCUGAAAGUGGUAAUAAUCCCCCAAUCCUGAGCACCGAUCCGGAAACCACAACGCUAGUCAGCAUCUCAGUAGAGGGCGAGUUAUCACAGUUCAUGGACAUCAGCUUGGAAAUCCCUCGUGGGACUUCUUUGAGUAAAUGGCAGAAUCUAAGUAAUGGAUUCUUGCGCUGGGAUUUUCUUUCAGGAAAAGAAAAUUAUCGCAUUCUUGCAAGAGACAAGACCGUGGAGUUGGAAUUGGAUCGAGGCAAAAGUUCAGAUACAGAUUAUUCAUCACCAGAACCCCUUGAAAGUUUUAACCUAGCCAAUUCCACCCUACCAAAGCAUCUAGUCUUUAGAAAUGAAGGUGAUAAAAUGAAGAAACCUCCAAAUGAGGAUCAAUGGAAACAAGCUGGUGUUAUGGACUUGACAGACACAUUCCCUUCACUUCCAAAAAAACUCUAUUCACUUCCACAAAAACUUUAUUCUCCUAACCUGGUACUUCUUUUCCUCCAAAGGAAUCCCAGCUUAAGACCAAUACCAGAGUUACUUUUUAGUGCCAUGCCUUCUCUCAGAGUUGUAGACCUUUCUGACAACAGAUUUCGAUCUUUGCCAUCUUCAAUUUUUGGGCUGCACAAGCUUCAAGUUCUUAUUUUAAGGGAUUGCAGCUUUAUCUAUAUGUUUCCACCAGAAAUCAAAGGACUUGAACACAUUGAAGUUCUUGAUCUAUUGGGGACUGAGCUCGAAAAGGCUCCCGACGAAUUAGGGCAGCUGACAAAUUUAAGGCACCUGCAGAUUUCAUUUUACGGAACUGAUGACGGAAGAGAAAGUGAUCACCUGCCAAAUGUCUUGCUUUCUUCUGAAACAGUCUCAAAGCUUCAACAUUUAGAAGCAUUAACCAUUGUUGUGCAUCCUGAAGAUUUACGAUGGGUAAAAAAUGCAGAAGCUAUAAUGCAGGACAUAGGGAACUUGGAGCAUCUGAGCUAUCUACACUUCUACUUUACAAAGGUGGAAAUCAUGGAACGCUUUAUAAGGAGUCCAGCAUGGAAAAUAAUCGGCUCUAAUAAGUUCAAGUUUGUUGUAGGCCAAGAUGUUAAACGCAUUGUGGACCGAGUCUCGGGUGAUGUAGAACACAAGUUCAACGAGCAGGAUAGAUGUUUGAGGUUUGUAAAUGGAAAAGAAGUACCAGAAGCCGUUGAAAAUGUUUUAAGUUAUGUCACGGCAUUCUAUUUGGAUCAUCAUUCUGCUGUUUGCAGCCUCUCAGAAUUUGGGAUCACCGAUAGCAGACAACUGUCAUUUUGUGUGGUGAGAGAAUGUCCCAACAUCGAGUUCAUCAUAUCUGAGAUCAUUGAUGAACCUGCCUAUCCCUCUCUCGAGUACCUGGGGUUGCAUUAUUUGUGGAAACUCGAGAGCAUCUGUAAGGACCAACCGCACAAAGGAAGCUUUCGUGCCCUUAAAUCAUUGACAGUUGCCACAUGCCCUACGCUAGAGUACAUUUUCUCUGGGUCACUGGCUCAAUGCUUUUGUAAUUUAGAGGAGUUAAUAGUUGAGGAUUGUGAGUCUCUAAAGGAGAUAAUAGAAAGGAGUGAUGAGAUGGAUAAUGAUGAUUUCUCUGCCCUUCCGCGUUUGAGAAAAAUAAAGCUUUACUAUUUGCCUCAACUGUUUAGGCUUCUAUAUGAAGGGGAAAGAAGUUUGGAGGAUCCACUCCCAUCGAGAGACUGCCAACUUGAAUCUGUAACAUUGCACUCAUGUCCUAAGCUGGACCGCAGUUUGCUCAAGCAACCAUUGGUGAAGGAGCUGAUAGAGGAAGAUUAUAAGCUUGCUACCUAAGCCUUUCUGCAGAAUAACAGUAAAAGAGACAUAGCUUUCGACUCCUGCGGACAUAUUGCUUUACUAGCAAGCUAAAUCACCAUGGAUCCAACUCUCACAAGUUGAAUUCUGUCCGGUUCAUACGGAUCAUGUAAUUCUUAAUAUACUUGAUAUAACUUGUAUAGUUUUCGUGUAAUUGUAAAUUUUAUACCAACUUUGUUGUACAAGUAACACUUCAUGUGAUUUGCGCAUGAUUAUA